AUGGAUAACGCUUAUUACGACGCUGGAGCUGCGCCAUCCGAUGGCCAUGAGAAAGCUUUGAAGCGUACACUGGAGGGAAUCGAAGAUGCCGUUCAACGUUUGUUGCUGACACGAAAAUCCUAUGAUAGAGCAGUUGUACUCGCGUUACGUUGGUUCAAUGAAGAUAAGGGCCUGGCCCCCCUGCAGACAGAACUUCUGAACCUGUUCUCCCAGAAGUUCCAUUAUGAUACUGAAUCAAUCAUCAUCCCAUCCACUUCUAUAUUAGAGUCACGAAGCAUACGUGCAAAGGUCGCAGAUGUUAUCAAGAAAUAUGACACUCCUCGUGCCCUUGUAGUCAUUGUUUGCGGAGGACAUGUUGCUUGGACUGGACAAUUUUUCUCAUUCUCUGGAGCCUUAGGUGGUGACUUUAGAGAAAGGACAGCUUGGGACUCGGUGAAAUCUCCGGUUGAGGCUGCUAAACAUUGUGACGUGUUGGUGAUUGUUGACUCUUGUGAGGGUACAACUCCAGGAUGUGUUGUUAACUGCGGAGGGGCCUGUGAAUCGCUUUCAGCCCUCUCGACCAAAAUGCUAGGAGUAGCGAACCUCGACUUUGGUUUCACCAGACGUCUGAUCGGCCUCCUGAAAGUAGUGCCGCCGGAUGGCCUAACAGUUGCGCAGCUCCAUGCCAAACUCUUCACUGGGGCAAAGAACCAGCUUACCAGUUUGGGUUAUACUCCAACUUACUUUUCCCAUUCAAGGAAACCCUCGAUUCUUCUUCAUCCCCUGCACAAAGGUCUACAACAAGUUCCUCUCAAGCAAAACCCCGAAGUAGAUGGACAGAAAGUCUUAUGCUAUAUUCAACUUGAAAGCAAGCCCACUCUCCCCGAUAUCAAUAAUCGGUGGAGGAACUGGUUGAAGGCGCAUAUACCUAAGGAUAUCUUGAUCGAACUAGAGGGUGUGUUUGACGGCGAUUCAUCACUCUAUUUGUUGACGGUUCCGCUCGAGGUCUGGAACAUACUGCAGUUCACAGGGCCCUAUAAAUUUGUGGCAUAUGUUCAAUCAAGCAACAUACUAGACACUAAUCCCACCCGCCCAGCCGUCAGUUCUUUCGAGCAUGGUCCUCUUUCGCUUAGGGAACGUGCAACUUCAACGUGGAAGUACUAGUCUUUCUUGUCCUUUCUGGUAUGCUCGUCUCGGAGCUGCGCACCCCCUUUUGCACUCUGCACC